UCAAGUCCUCACUCAUCAGCAUCUCUACACGGGGCAGGGACCAGCAAACCCCUCCUGUCCCCUUCCACUCCCCGCUGUCCUCCCAACAUCUCAAUUCGAACUCGAGAACCUCCGUCCGGCCGGGGCCAUAUCUGGUCGACGCAUCUAUCACUGCCUCCCGGCCUCUCCCUCAAAUCGAACCAGCCACCACCAGAAAGUGACAUCCAUCGGGACCGGAAGAACCUAGGCAGGAGGAGGCAUGGCGCUCGGGUGGGCGUGCAGCUGCAGGCGCAGAGCGCGCGGGCGUACCAGUGGAGGUGGGAGGAGAAGGCGGGCCUCGUGGUGGCCCUCCUCGACGACGCGCUCUUCCACGUCCUCUACGCCGCCGAGGCCGUCGUCCUCUCCGCCGCGCUCUGCGGCUUCUUCCUCUGCUGCGGCUGCCACAUUUGAUCUGAUCCGGUCUGAUCUGUGUGCCCGACGACCUGAUCCGGCGCCGCCGGCGUAACUCCGAAGCUCUCGGUGGAUGGAAUGGAUCCCAGUGGUCGCAUGCUCAUCCUCGUGAUGGCUGUUCUGUUUUCUUUUCCCCUUCCGUCUCUUUUCUUUUUAUUACUGCUAGUUUCUCUUCCGUUGAGAGAACAGAGUGCCCCGUUGCUGUCUCUGUUCGCUCCCGGAGCAAAAUUUUGUAGGGUGAUGUCUGGUACCAAAUCUUGAGUUCUUUCUUUAGAUGUCUCA